AGAUAACGAGGUGCAUGGAGUGCCAUUCAUCUUCCUGAUAGUUUUGUGCAAGGGGCGAGGAGCCUCUGACAUUAAAGUGUGAGAGGAACUGGCCGUUCAAGACGAGUGUGAGCCCCUGAACCUUGUAAGCAACAGCAGUAACGCCGGCGUCCACGUCUGAGGAGAAGGGAAUGAAACCGGAUGGGGUUACCAUGGAAACCACGGAGCCCACUGAAGCUGCAGCAGUAGCAGAGCCCUCCUCAUCGCAGGAGGACACAUUGGAGCAGGCCCCGUCGCAACCAGAGGAAGCUGCAAAGGAUGCAGCACCCAGAGCUGCUCCAAAGGCCAACAGCAAGCCAGUAGCAGCAGACCCCAAAACCAAACCAAAAGCUAUUGCAACUAAAACACAGCCUACAGCUGCGUCUGGAGGAGCCUCUGGAUCCAACUCACGGCCAGGUACUGGCUCUCACCGCACGCUGAAUGACGUUAAAUCCUCCAACAAUGCUUCUGCAGCUGCAGUCAAGAAAACGGCAACAACAAAAUCAGCAGCGGGGGCCGUACCUAAAAGACCAAUGGGUGUAGCAGCAGUUUCUUCCACGGUUAAGAACCAAACUAGAGUGCCUGACAAGAAGCCUAUUGGAGCGGCCAGGACUACCUCUGUUACUGCCACAGUAACAAAUGGUACCAAACCAACAACAGUGAAUGGCACUGCUAAGAAAAGACCAGGGGCUGAGACUGUUAAUGUAGCUAGACCCAAAACUACAGCUACUACCAGCAGACCAACAGCAUCCACUGCCCCAAAACCCAGCACUUCGACCACAGCAAAAGCUGGUGCUGCUGCCGUUUCAAAGACCACCAGACCUGCUACAGUUCCCUCAGCAUCUCGACCUGCAGCCACCACAUCCAGGCCCACCACAGCUACAACCAAGCCCUCCAUCACUGCAACUGCCAAACCUGCUGCUUCUAGAGUUACCACAGCAUCCUCUACUGGCAGGACCACAGCAGCACAGCCUCCCAAAACUGCUGCUGCUAAGAAAGAUGUCAGUCGACCAGCUUCUGCUGCAGUCGCUAAGAAACCUACAACAACUACAACAUCCACUGCUUCCAGAAAACCGGAACCCUCUAAACCCACAGCCACCGUAAAGCUCAGCUCUGCCUCCAAAUGGUCCACAACAACAAAGGCAGCAGACCCCAAAGUGUCACAGGCAAAAACUCAACCACUUGCGAAAUCUACUCCUACAAAGAAACCUGUAGCUGCUGUUCGGUUCCCUGCCCUUAACAAACCGCCCCUUGGUCGAACCCCACCUGCCUCUCCAGCCAACAAACCUGCAAACAGCGCCACAUCUCUGGCAAAACGUGGCACCAAACCCACUCAGGCUGUCUCACCUUUCACUGCAGCAAAGAAGACGGGGGUUACAAAUACUACCACACCUGCUUCAAGAGCACAGAGUGCUGCUGGGGCUGCUGGUGCAGCGGUAGCAGCGGUAGCAGCAGCGACUGUGCUCGCAGAAAGACAAACGGAAGCUACAGUGUCCUUACCGCAAGGAUCAUCCCUUGCUGCAUCUGCACCAGAGCAGUUCCCUCCCCCAGUCUUGGCCCAGGAUACCACUCCGGAGGUGGUACCUCAAAUGACUGCUCAAAGCCAUGCAGCCGCUUCCUCUCCUCCACAAAGCCCUGUCAGGACAGCCUUACCACAGACCUCUUCAUCCCAGGAGCAGUUAGAAAGCAGCACUCCCUCCUUAACAGCGCAGGAGCAGACCCCUGCCCCAGCUGAGCCUACAUUACCAACAGUGGCCUCGCCUCCUCACCUCUCUGAGGAGCCUGUUUACCUGUUGACUGACCAAACCCCCUCCACAUCUGAAGCCCUCCCGGCCUCAGCAAAUGCUAUUCCUCAGAUGGUUCCUCCAACCAAUCUAAAUGACGAGGAGGACGAAGAGGAGAGGGAGGGAAGCCAGCUGGUUUCUGUGUCUGAAAUGAGUGGAACCACACAGCCCACGGAGGAGUCUCGUCCUGGAUCGGCGGGACCAGUGGGAGGGUCUGCUUGGAGGGCCGGUGGCGCCUUGCUUCCCUGAGCUGGACUCUGAGGAUGUAAGC